AAGUGACUAAUGGUUUCCGCCAUUUGCAAAGGACGUAACCGACGCAAAAAAAUGUUAGAAGGCCAGUUAAAACUUACUAUGUUUUACCUGUUAUUCUAUUUGAUACUAACCAAGUAAAUUGAUGGCUGCAACCUUCUCACCAUUCAGCGUAAACUUUCUGUUACCAAAAAAAUGUAUCGCUCACGAAUGCCGUAUACAAGAUGGCAUGCUAAAGCGGAACUCCUUAAAGAACAGCUGCAACAAGCUAUGCGUGAGCGUUACAGUCACUUGAGGAAAGAAGAAUCUAGCUUGGAUGUCUCUGUGGGCACAGAAAAUGAUAAAAGUUCCGGAAUGCCAACAAGGGAUUUGGCCAGCAGGAUAAGGCCUACAAGCGAGGAUCGACAGGACGAUUCCUCGAGUACUAGUCAGAAGAUAGUCAUUAAAGCAAUUCGACAACAGCAGAAAGAAUGCCAACGGGAGAAUAAACGACUUGGCUUUGGAACACAGUGCGAGCGUUUCAAGAAACAAGUGAAAGAACAAGCUCCACCACCGGGAACGUACACCGUUAAACUUCUCAGCUUGAAUAUUGCACAUAAGAGUGAAUUGCGACAAGAGGAACCAUUUACCAAGGCUUCCAAAGUCACCCGAUUGGCACAUAAACAGAACUCAUCUCUUGGCCCAGGCGUAUAUGAACCACACCGUUUUCUGGAUCGCAGCACGGUGGUUGAAAGCAAAGGGAGAUUUGAUACGAGCAAUGAAGUUCGAUGCGGUAGAAUCAAAUACGGGUGUCUAAGUACAUUACUACCUCCGCAAAAUGGGCCACGAUUUACGGACUUUCCAACAUCAGUCGACUUGCUAGAAACGCGGGAUUACAAGAAAAAGGGAAAGUUCUCCCUAGUUGAACGCUUUCCACGUAAAAAGAAGGGACUACGUAUAGGCCCUACCAAGUACGAUCCGCGCAACCCAUACGAGAACCCCAUCAGUUUCAAUGUGAAGCAGGUUCCUUUCUUGAAAACUGCCGAACGAAUGACCAAGAAGCAGUACCAAGCAUUUAUUGGGAAUGUGACCCCGUUUACGGGACCAGGUCGGUACAGUAUUUCAAAAGAAGACAAAAAUCCACUUGCUGGUCCAUUGUUUGCAAGGGAACCCAUUGAAAAAAUCCGCUGUGCAGAACGCAUGCAUCUUUUGGACUAUAGGUUACGACCAAAGAACAUACCAAAAGGAUGGACCAGUCAACCGCUCAUUAAAGAUCGUGUGGAUAGUCACAAUAUCGGUCGACGUAUAUGGUUACGUUGACCAAACUUGUGUAAAUCGGAUCGAUUGCCAAACCAAUCAGCUUUUGGGAAAACGGCAUCCGAUUACCCUAGACAUAUCAAUAGCUUCACUCAAACAGAGACAGCAUAAUUCAUUUCGGUUACAAGUUUUGUCACUAUACGGUGCUCAAUUAACACCUGAUGAUCAGAUGAACUUAGCUAAUGAAAAGAUUUUCCAGCGGCUAGUCUGUCCCCUGUGAAGUUCAGUUCAGCAGACCAAAGGAAACCAUAUUGAUC